AAAGAUUACUGGUUGGCCAACAAGAAAUCGCACGUGUGCUUCCUUCCGCAUUGAGAGACUCCCACGUGUUUGUCUCUGUUUUAGCAGCUAAAUGCUAACUUUAUCAGGACUGGCUUACAUUUUUUAAAGUCCACUGUCAGUAAAAUGUGUCCUAUGUGUGAUGGUUGUGGCGACCACGUCAGCAAAUUAAACCAGCAAGUAUCUGUGAUGCGAAGAGAAAUCAAGAACCUCAGGCAGAUGUUGGACAGUGCAGUUAGAGCUCAUCGCAAACAUAUGGUAUCAGUCCAGUCUGCGGUGACAAACUUGGGGCAUUGUGGGCUUGACCGAGGCCAGUCGCCGCCGUCAUCUGAGCCUGCUUUGGAUAAAGGAAACAUCCAGACAGUACCGAUUGGUUACAUUAGCUCCUGUUUCUUGGUGAAGAAUGGGACACCUAGGCAGCCCGCGGUUUGCGGCCCCUCCAGGGCAACACUUCGCAUCCAGCAGACUGUCUUCAAUAACCCUGAGCAUGCUCUGGUGGGCCUUGAACACUUCUCCCAUGUCUGGAUCAUCUUCCUCUUUCACAAAAAUGGGCACCUGAGUUACAAAGCCAAAGUGAAGCCUCCUAGACUGAACGGUCAGAGGGUUGGAGUGUACUCCACACGCAGUCCGCAUCGACCCAACGCUACAGGCCUAACUCUGGCCAAGCUGGAUAGGAUUGUGGGUGAUACACUACAUCUGUCAGGCAUUGACAUGAUUGAUGGCACCCCAGUCCUGGAUAUCAAGCCCUACAUCCCUGAGUAUGACUCCCCACACGUGAGGAUGGGUAUGGGCUCAGAGCUUCAUGAAUCAAACACAGACCAACCCAAGGUAGCCUCUGAGUCACUGAAUGAGGCGCCAGAUACCUUAAACCUUCAUGAAGACUUGGGAGCGGAUGCUGAGUUGAACUUAAAGAGUGAAGGAAACAAUAGCUGUCAAAGCGAUGACCCGAGGAGUUCUCGCUCUAGAGACAAAUCUGAAACCGAUACAGCAAACACAAACAACUCCUCAUGUUCGAGUUCUCCCACUGUCGGCACUCGUCCCUUCCUACCCAAAGACCUCCAUUCUGUGCUGGAGGAGGUAAAGGCUUUCGUGACCCAAGAUGACUUUUCCCAGCUGAGUUCUGAGGCAAAGGACGAAGGUUCAGACUCAACUGUAACCAAGCAACUGGACUCGAUGGUAGCUGAAAGGGUUUGCUAUGGAGAGGACGCCUACAGCACCAUUGCCGGCUGGAUCAGGGAGCCUCCUGUUGCCAGUCUUGAGGUGCGCUUCACCCCUCAUGCUGAGAAGGAAUUAGCAAAGUUCCUGCCCCCACAGCCUUCAGGUAAGCCAGGACCUUCUGAAAGUGACAGACCCAGAUUCAGGUUCCUGCGCGGUCCAGAAGAAGCUGCAGCCGCCAUCAGAGGCGUGCUGUCAGCAGACCCCAGGUCAGUGUACAGGAGGACGCGCUGUGGAGACAAACUGUUUUUCUUUACCCUGGACACGGCGGACAUCACCUGCUGGUUUGGUCCAGAUUUUGUGGAAGUAUUGCAGGUCCGAUCUGUGGAGCAUCACUCACCCUCAUUAUGACAAAGCCUUCCUGUCCUGAUUUACAAAUGUCUUUUUGACCCUUAAGAUCUAUGACAUUGGAUGGCCAUAAGACAAGCGAUAAAUACAAUUCUAAAUGAAAAGUUGGCAAAUAAAAGUUUUUUUCAAAAAUCGA